AUGCUGUACCAAAGCGACUCCCGUUCGGUGAGUAACUUCGAACUGAAGGCUAUCAGUGCGCUGGACGACCGGAGGUGGUACCGUGGAUUGAAGUCCCUAUUUCUGGAGUACUGCUCGAACAGUACCAUUCACGGAGUUAAAUAUUUUGCCUGCAAGCGGCGAACGGUUUUCGAAAAAAUCUGGUGGAUCGUAGUUUUCUUUCUCUCGUUGUACGGCUGUGGUCGGUUGAUACAGAAUAUUUACCGGAAGUGGGAUCAAACGCCGGUGAUUGUAAGCUUUAACGAGAAGAGUACUCCGAUUUGGCAAAUUCCUUUCCCGGCCGUGACGAUUUGUCCGGAGACAAAGGCUAAAUCGCAGUAUUUGAACCUGACCACUUCUUACCACAUGUUGCUGAACGACACCGAACGGGAGAGUAUGGACGAGGAAAGCUUCGAUCGACUACGGGCUGUCGCUCAGGUGUGUGACGCUCAUAUUUUCAACAAUAUGUCCCUGAAUCAGGAGUUUGACCGCGAUUGUGUUGAGUGGCUGCGGAAUGUUUCCGUUUCCGCCAGUGAGAUGCUUAUGUUUUGCAGUUGGCGUAAUAAUCCGUCCUACUGCGAUGAUUUUUUCACCGAAACACUAACCGAAGAAGGCCUUUGCUAUACGUUCAAUUCGCUCGGAGCAGAUGACUUGCUUCGGCAAGAGGUCUUACAGAAGGAUUACCCCUACGUUACGGCCAACAGGUCUUCUCCACAGUGGACACUGGAAAACGGCUACCGGGAUGAUGCCGACAUUGAUACCUAUCCGGUGAGAGUGCUCGGUGCCGGAGCACGGGGAGGACUGAACAUUCUUUUGCGGUUGUACGAGUACGAUUUGGAUUAUCUUUGCCGGGGCCCCGUUCAGGGUUUUAAAAUCUUGUUGCAUACCAGCAGUGAGUACCCACAGGUAUCCAAGCAAUAUUUUCGUGUUCCUCUGCAUCAAGAAGUGAUUAUCUCGGUAAAGCCCCAGAUGAUAACCACUUCCGAUGGUUUACGUGAUUACGCUCCGCAUCGCCGCCAGUGCUACUUCAAUCACGAGCGCCGGCUGAAGUACUUUCAGGUGUACACGCAGGCGAACUGCAAGCUGGAAUGCGUCACCAACUAUACGCUGCAUCUGUGCGGGUGUGUCAAGUUCUCGAUGCCACGCGACGCCGAUACGGAGGUUUGCGGAGCCAGCAAAAUUCAGUGCUACAACGAGGCCGAGGAUGAGCUGGCCGGCGAGGAGGUCCGGUCCAGCGUCGACAAACGGAACAACCUGCAGAGCAAGUGUAACUGUUUGCCGGCUUGCACUUCGGUGCAGUAUGACGCAGAAAUUUCCCAGGCCGACUUCGAUUGGAUGAAUCUGUUUCGGGCGUAUAAAAGCCCAUUGGAUGAAUUUCCUGGCAUUCAGUUGGCCCGGUUGACAAUUUAUUUUAAAGAAGCACAGUUUAUAACCUCCAAACGGAGUGAGCUGUAUGGUGUGACGGAUUUCCUAGCCAACUGUGGUGGUUUGCUGGGUCUGUUUAUGGGUGUUAGCCUGCUGAGCUUGGCUGAGAUAAUCUACUUCUGCUCGAUUCGUCCGUUUACUAUAUUGCGCAUGAAUCGAAUCAAGCACAGCAACCAGCCGGCCGGUGUCCUGCCAUUCGCUCCGCCGGUGUUCGAAAUUGAGAAACCAAAGGACAGCUAA